AUGGUAGUGAACUUGCAGCUUCGCCUACGUACAUCAGCAGGAAGUGUUCGGAUCUCCAAACCAGUUGAGUGUUUGAUUAUUCCUGGUGAUGCGGCUGAAUUUCUGCUGGGCAACGAUGUGUUGACGAUGUUGGGUAUUGAUGUUCAGCGACAGCUUGAUAUGUUCGUGGCCAAUGCUGUGCAGAAUGGAGAAGAUGAUAUAUUUGAUGAUAUUGAUGAGCCUCAAAUCGGAAGUAGUGUGAAUUUAAGUGAUGAACAACGGAAUGCAGUGGAAGCGUUAAUUACCAAGGCAGAUCACUACACGAUUUGA